UCAUGUCAAUUUGACAUCUAACUAUAAAAAAGGCGCGAAAUGUUCGUUGUUAUUUCUCACAGAUUGUGAAAUGUAAUUCAAUGAAUAAAGAUAAUAAGUGUUAUUAGUUACCAAUUUGAGUUUUUAAUACGGCUAAUUUUAUGAGGGAUACAAAAUGGAUUUUAAAUUGAAACGAAAAUCCAUAAAAACUCCAAUAAGUGGUAGUUUAAAAGAAACAUAUCCUCACGAUUUACAAUUUUAUAAGGUACCACCGACAUGCGAUAUUAAUCUUCAAGAAUUUGAAACAUUGGCUUUGGAGAGAGUCACAUUAUUACGGACUUUAGCAACCGCAACGACGUUAAAAGGUCUUCGAUUAAAUUCAGAAGAGUAUACAGAAUACGUUUUGGGAGAACUUAGAACUCAGGGCUUAAAGUACUAUGCAAGAUUAUGUGAAAAAUCGGGUUGCGCAGAAACUGCUGCAGACUUCGAGGCGCGACGUAAAGAUCACAUUGCUCACUUCAUCCUCCGUUUGGCUUAUUGUAGAACUGAAGAACUAAGGAGAUGGUUUGUAGCAAGAGAAAUGGAAUUGUUCAAAAUGCGUUUUGCAGUGAUGAGAGGCGAGGCUGUAGACGUAUUUUUCAAGCUGAACAACCUCUGUUACACCAAUAUAACUGACAAUGAAAAGAAUGAAAUCAUUCAUUAUUUAAGAGAGUGCCUUCCUUAUCAAAAUAUAGAUAACAUGAAAUUCUACAAAGUAAAGUUUUACGAAGUAUUGGACUUGGUUAAAACUAGAAAAGUAUAUCUUAGUGGUGGUUAUGCCUAUAUACCUCACAGAGAUUUUAUAUCAGUUCUUUCUGCAUUAUAUAGAACACAUUUAAGACAGAGUUUAGCCAUAGCAUCUCAACAUCUUGGUGAAAUAGAACAAGAUGAACGAUUGGUCAGUUUACUGAAGGGAUUGCACCAAUCAUACUCUGGCAAUGACUAUAGUGAAACGAAAUCUGUAGUACCAAUUGAAUCUUUGGACUCUCUUUCAUUAAAAUCAUUCCCGCUCUGCAUGAGGCAGCUACAUGAGCAAUUGAGAAUGGCUCACCACUUGAAACAUGGAGGGAGGUUGCAAUAUGGCCUAUUCCUUAAAGGUAUUGGUGUUACUCUAGAGGAUUCCUUAAGAUUUUGGAGGGAUGAAUUCACAAAAAUAAUGGAGCUUGAUAAAUUUGAAAAACAAUAUGCAUACAAUGUGAGAUAUAAUUAUGGUAAAGAAGGUAGUAAGCGAAACUACUCUCCUUUCACCUGUUUGAAAAUAAUAAACACACCGGUUGGUCCAGGGGACUGUCAUGGAUGUCCUUACAGGCAUUGUGAUACUAGCAAUUUGAAAAACAAACUACUGGGAUAUGGAUAUGAUCCACAAGCUGUCCACGAAGUGGUCGACUUGGCAAAGAAAGGACACUACCAAAUAGCAUGCAGUAAAUAUUUUGACACUGUUCAUAAUGAAGAUGUUGGAUUAGGUAUUAAUCACCCCAAUCAGUACUUUGAGGAAAGUCAAAAGAUUAUCAAGGGUGGCAUUAAAGUGGAGCCCAAAAAGGAGAAAGUAACUAUUAAGAAAGAGGAAAUUGAUGAUUUGGAAGGAAUGGAUUUUGAUGAACCACUUUGACUUAACAUAUAAAUAGGUAAAAAAUCUAUGCUAUCAAUAAAACCAGAUGUAAAUUGGUAUAAAAACCAUUAACUGUAUGGUGUAUACUAGCCUAUUUCCUGAAAUGUAAAUUAACAUUUAUAUAUUUAAAUAAUUCCUGUUGAUUCUCAGCUUUUAGUAAAUAUUACCAUAUCUAUUGUUUACGUAGUAAGUUUUCAUAGAACUACAGCAAAUAAAAUAGACAAUAAGUGUGAUGUGUUUA